GGAAGCAAGCCGCCAGAUCGGCGUCGGCGUUUGCAGCAGCAUGGCCGCGCUCUACGGGGGUGUAGAAGGGGGAGGAACACGGUCCAAGGUCCUCUUACUCUCCGAGGAUGGGCAGAUCCUGGCAGAAGCAGAUGGACUCAGCACAAACCACUGGCUGAUCGGGACAGACAAGUGUGUGGAAAGGAUCAACGAGAUGGUGAACAGGGCCAAACGGAAAGCAGGAGUGGAUCCUCUGGUCCCUCUGCGUAGCUUGGGCUUAUCCCUGAGCGGUGGAGAGCAGGAGGACGCAGUGAGGAUCCUGACAGAGGAGCUGAGGGACCGAUUUCCCUACCUGAGUGAAAGCUACUUAAUCACCACUGAUGCCGCUGGCGCCAUCGCCACAGCUACGCCAGAUGGUGGCAUCGUGCUCAUCUCUGGGACAGGCUCCAACUGCAGGCUCAUCAACCCCGAUGGUUCUGAGAGUGGCUGCGGCGGCUGGGGCCACAUGAUGGGGGACGAGGGCUCAGCCUACUGGAUUGCACACCAAGCAGUGAAAAUAGUGUUUGACUCCAUCGACAACCUAGAGGCCGCUCCUCAUGACAUUGGCUACGUCAAACAGGCCAUGUUCAACUAUUUCCAGGUGCCAGAUCGGCUAGGAAUCCUCACCCACCUGUAUAGGGACUUUGAUAAAUGCAGGUUUGCUGGGUUUUGCCGGAAAAUUGCAGAAGGUGCUCAGCAGGGAGAUCCGCUUUCCCGUUACAUCUUCAGGAAGGCUGGGGAGAUGCUGGGCAGACACGUUGUGGCAGUGUUGCCGGAGAUUGACCCGGUCUUGUUCAAAGGGGAGAUUGGCCUCCCCAUCCUGUGUGUGGGCUCGGUGUGGAAGAGCUGGGAGCUGCUGAAGGAAGGUUUCCUUCUGGCGCUGACCCAGGGCAGAGAGGUCCAGGCUCAGAACUCCUUCUCCAGCUUCACCCUGAUGCAGCUGCGGCACUCCUCCGCCUUGGGCGGGGCCAGCCUCGGGGCCAGGCACAUCGGGCACGUCCUCCCCAUGGACUACACUGUCAAUGCCAUUGCCUUCUACUCUUACACCUUCUCCUAGGGGGCGGGCCCUGGCUACACCCGCUCCAGGCCCAGUGGACAUUGGGUGCUGGAAGGGAGGAGUUCUUUUCUCCUCCUCCUUUUUUUUUUUCUAAAAGAAAAACACAUAUAGAAGAAAAUAAACGCACUUUACUCACUCCCCAA